UCUUGUGUUCCUCCAAUCAGAAUCACUUCCUGUCAAGAUCGGAUGGAUUAUCAUAUGUUCAUUCUGAAGAGAAAAAGACAGAUCUGCUCUGAUUCUUAAACUAUAAUACAUAUAUGUAAUGUGAAUAUUUGUGUUAUGACAUUAGAUUUAGACUCGACACACGAGAGGUUUAGUCAAACUACUGAAUGAUUUCCUUAGCGUCGCCGCGCGCACUAUUAUAAACGUUAUAACGAUAUUCGGCGAUUAUUUCUUACUACAGCAUAGCAAUUACAGCAUGAUAAUUUAGUGAACUUGAGGCAGUUCUGUGAAAAAGCGCGUUUAAUAUCAUGGACAGCGCGUUAUCGCCUGUUUCACACUGAGCUAAAGCUAAUGCUAAUGCUCGGGGCUCCUCAAGCGUUCGGGAAUAAAGAGUUAAUCCGCCUUCCGCCGUUUCUCUGAGAGGUGAAGGCUGACCGGUGGAUGUGAGUCCAAACACACCGGCUGACCAUCAGGGUCGCUGAAGCUCGAGCGGGUCGGUGUGUGACGCGAUGAGCCCUCAGAAGAAGAUGAAGAAGAGGAAAGAGCUGAACGCGCUGAUCGGCCUGAGCGACAGCAGCAGGAGGAAGAGCAAACACCGGCUGCUGCGGACCGAGCCGCCCGAGAGCGAGUCCGAGUCCGGGUCUGACGAGCAGGAGUUCAGCGGCGGCCGGACCGGCCUGUUCGGGAAGAGCUCAGUGCAGUGCUGCUCGCUCUGUUACCCGCUGUGUGUCUUCAUCCUGCUGGCCGCGUGCGUCAUGGCCUGCGCCGGACUCAUCUGGAUGCAGAUCGCCCUCAAAGAGGACCUGGACUCCAUGAAGGAGAAGAUCCGCACCAUGGAGAGCAGCCAGAAGCUGUCGUCACAUGAGAUCCUGAAGCUCAGUGAAGAGCUGAAGGCCAAACAGAUGAAGCUGGACGACAUGGAGAGCGGAGAGCGAGGCCUGGCCCGACUCUGGUCCAACCUGACGGAGGUCAAUCAGAAGCUCAGCGCUCUGGAUUCUGCCGUCAAUCAUCUGAAGGCCAACAUCAAAUCCGCGUCAGACCUCAUCGCUCUUCCCAGGAGCGUGGAGGAGCUGCAGAAGAGCGUGGCUUCCAUCGGCAGCACCGUCACCAGCCUCCAGCACGACGUCACCUUGAUACAGACUGUCGUGGAAGAGAGAAGAACAGGAGCAGAUCAGCUGAAGGACAGCACGAACGGAGGGAAACCAGUGAACGACAGCAGCUGGGCAGCACUUAAACAGGACGUGCAGGAUCUUCAGGACGGUGUGAGCGAGGUGAACGGCUCUCUGCUGCUCCAUCAGUCCUGGUGCCGUGAGCAGAUCCAGAGCGUCCACUUCAUGCUGUCCAACCUGAGCCGCUGGGUGUCUGUGCUGGAGCGGAGCGAGUCAGGUGACACGCAGUGGACAGCUCCUGCCGGUCCUCAGCUCCAGACGGCCGCAGACGCAGGUUCCCCCCCGCCCCGCCGCCCCAGGUCUGUGUCCCGCAGACGGUUCAGAAGAGGACCGGCGCCCUCCAGCAGGACCGAGUCUGUGACAGAUGUGGAGCAGCAGCUGCGGGACCGUCCGGCUCCGGGCCUGCAGGAGGUGUUCGGGUCGGACCGGGACCAGACGGACCCGCCGGAGGAGCCGCUGAUCCACCGCAACUGACCUCAGACUCGCUCCGAGUGUUUGGUUUCUGUGAAGUAGCUCGAAAUCCUUCAUGUGACUGACAGGAUUGAUCACCUGACGCUCAGCUCUGUUUCACACACUUUCAUCUCAGAUAAGAGUGAAUCUCAGUCCUGUCAGGAUCAGAUCCAGUGUGUCAGAGAGCAUGAGUGUGUUCUUCACUGUAUUUUACCCUGAAUCUGCCCAAAAUCAAACAUGCUAGUUUUUGUUGUACUGCUGAUUUAAAUAAGUCUUUGUUUUCCAGUAUAAUGCAGUAAAUUAUUACAGUCAUGAGGAUGAAACAAUCGCAGACGCCCAUCAGAAGAUCUGAUGCAUUAAUGAGGCAUUCAGUGUUUUCAGCAUUCACUGUCACAUGUUUAUUUCCUCUGACAAACUCCCUUGACUUCUGCUGAACCUGGACGUGAUUUAGUGAGAUUCACUCUUACGUAUUUACUCAAGUAUCUGUCUCUGUAUGAACUGAGGGCAAAUGAAGAGUGUUUUAAACUGUCAGAUUAGCAAUAAUAUGAUCCAUAUGAUUGCUUUUAGUGGAUGUAAUCACAUAUUUAUGAUAUAAUCCAUGCACUCAGCUACUUGUUUGAUCAGAUGUAGGUUUUAAUUUAAAGUACGUUCAGCACAAUGGUGUGUGUGUGUGUGUGUGUUGUGUGUCUCUUUGAUUCCUCAUGCACUGAGUGUGUGUGAGUGUUGAGUGCGUGGUUUUUCUGCACGAGUGUGUGUUUGUAUAAAUGUGUGUGUGCAGUGUGUUUGUAUGAGUGUGUAUGCGUGUGUCUGCAGACUGAAGGCCUCACAGACGCUGCUUUAGUUUUGUUCUUCUCCAGUCGCUUGAAAAUAAAGUCUCACAGACUCUGCUGUUGCUUUAUAAAAGGUGUAAAUAUUGUAGAAUUGGACAUUUCUAUGUCAGAAACUAAUUUUAAGCAGUAGGAAGAUGAUGAUGAUGAUGGCAUCUGUACAUGGUGAGUUUGCACUGCAUGUUCUCUUUAAUGUAACAUGAAUAAAAGCUGAUUUUAAUGAA